CAAAAUCUAGUUAUCAAGAUACACAUACCAAAAAAAGAUUAUGUACUAUUCCAAUUGAAGGAGAGUGUGAACUUGGAAAUCUUAACUAUACCCAUUCAUCCAUGGUUCUCACUCUUACAUCCAAUUCGUCUCUAAUACCAACCACACCUCAUUCGAGGUUACCUUUAAGGAACCCAACAAGGUUCAAUGUGUUUGCUAAGAAAUCUGGUGGAUCAUUCCCAUCAUUUGGAUUGGGAAAACCCAAAGACGAAUCUUCUUCUGAACAAUCAGAUGGUUCAUCAUCAUCUUUCAAUUCUAAUAAUAACCCUUUUGGUUUCAACUUUGGAAAGAUACCUGAUGUGACUUCAUUGAUCCAAGUUGCGACCAAAAACUCAUCUUCGCCAGGUUUUUCAUUUGGAAGUCCAAGGCGUAAGGAUCCUUCAACAGUUUUUGUUGCUGGUGCUACUGGACAAGCUGGUAUUCGCAUUGCUCAAACAUUGCUUAGGGAAGGGUUUAGUGUAAGAGCUGGUGUUCCUGAAAUUGGUUCUGCUCAGGAAUUGGCUCGUCUUGCUGCUCAAUACAAGAUUAUAUCAAAUGAAGAGGCAAAGCGUCUGAAUGCUGUGCAGUCAAGCUUUGAUGAUGCAGACUCAAUAGCAAAAGCAAUAGGCAAUGCAAGCAAAGUAGUUGUCACCAUUGGUCCCACAGAGAACGGCCCAACGGCUGAGGUCUCCACGUCCGACGCCUUGCAAGUAAUUCAGGCUGCUCAGCUUGCAGGUGUAGGCCACGUGGCAGUCAUCUACGAUGAGAACAACGCCGUCAAAACCUCAACCUACAAUGUUCUUGAUGGCAUCUCCUCCUUCUUCAACAAUCUCUUCUCCCAGUCCCAACCUUUGACUAUUCAGGAGUUCUUGCAGAAAGUGAUUGAAACAGAUGUCAAAUAUACCUUAAUCAAAACAUGUUUGACCGAUGAUUUCACCCCGGAGAGUUCCUAUAAUGUGGUUGUCUUAGGCGAAGGAAACACUGGUUCGAACGACUAUAAAGUAACUAAGUCCAAGAUAGCAUCUCUGGUGGCUGAUGUCUUCUCCAACACACAAGUUGCCGAAAACAAGGUUGUGCUAGUGUACUCUGACCCAGAUGCUCCCCUAAGGCGUGUAGACGAACUUUUCAGUGCUAUUCCGGAAGAUGGCAGAAGGAAAGCCUAUGCUGAAAUAUUGGAAAAGGCCAAAGCAGAGGAAGAGGCAAGAGUGACAGCUGAAAAGGAAAGCGAAGCGGCCGACACAACAAAGAAGAAGGAAGAAGCGGGGAAGAGGCUUUCAAAGCAAGAAGCACAGGCUGUUAAUCUAGCUAAUGAAGCUGAAGAGAAAGCAGAAGCAGCUGGAACUUCAGUAGAGGGCAUCUUGAACAAAGCAAAAGAUAUCAGUGCAGGGUUUUCGUGGCAAAAGUUGAGCUCACAGAUUUCAACCUCAAUUCAAAAGCCUGAUGAGGAAGAGGAUGAGAAACCAAAGGUGCAGCUAGCAACUGUUAGAGGACAAGCCAAGGCUCGUAGUCUCAUUCCUAAAAUAGCAGUGACUAAACAAACAACUCCAAAAAACAGAGACAGUAAACCAAAGGAGGAAAAAAGAAAACAAGUAGAGACACCAAAGGAGGUUAGGAAGUUAUUUGGUGGUCUGUUUAAGCAAGAGACUAUCUAUAUUGAUGAUGACUAGUGGAAGUGGAAUGUGUCUUGCACAGAUUAAAACUGUGUUGUUUGAGUCUGUGUUAACGUUGGUAAUUUGGUUGGACGUGUAUGAUUUAGUAAAAUAUUUAUGUAGUUGUACUUUUUCAGAACCAUGUAAUCAGAUCAGCAUGGAGAAAAAUGUUUUCAGUAAUGACACAGGCACACCCACUUUUUGUACCUGCAUGACACUUGAUUACUCGCUGCAAUGAGUAAUGGUUAAUUCAAAUCACGGCAAAAAAUGAGGUUAAUUUAACUACAUGAAUAAUUACAAUUUUCAACAUGAUUUAUAUUAACCCUCUACUCAUUUGGAUUAGCCUCAUUUUUGCACAGAUUAAUUAGGUGUCGCAAGUGUACAAAAAAUUGGUGUCCAUAAAACAUUAUAUGCAAUAUCAUUUCGUCGAA